CCAAUGCGGGGCAUUUCUCAAGUCUGGAGGGCAGUGCUUGUGAUAAAAGGGGUUCGAUGACCGGCUUUUAGAGUGCUAACUUGCUGCUUGACUUGGUUUUGUCCAUCCGAUCAUCCCGAUCGAGGCGUGGCAUCCUUAACCUGUCUCUAGAACGCUUUAUCACAAUGGGCCAAGGAACGCCCGCAACCGAUCCAAAUCCUGACAUUGAGCUCGGGCACAUGCCGCCCGAAUCUGAGUUCUCAAGAACCCCUGCACCAGUGCUCGACGAGUUACAGAAGGGUCAAGAUGCCGCCGCCCGAGAUUGCAGAACCGAUCUCCUCUCGUUCAAACGUGAGCCAAGGUUCAGCAGGGAUGGAGAUAUGCCAGUGUUUGGGCUAUAUAAGAGUCCAGCCAUGAUAUUGGAACUUCGAGAGCUUUACAUUCUCAAGCUUCGCCAUCUUCGAAUAAAGCUUGCCACAGAGGCGCUUGGGUAUCGAUACUCCAUCUCGGAGAAGUGCCCAGAUUGGGCAGACCCAGAUGCUAGAUACACUGACAGUAGGGCGCAUGAUUAUCUGACAGCGGUUAGAGACAUGCAAUUUAUCCAGGAGGCCAUCGAUACAAGGUCUGCUUCAAGUCGUUGGUUACGCAUCCACUCUUUCACCUCGGCGGACGCCGAUCUUUUGCGCACUCUGCUCAAGGAUCAACAAGAACGCUUUCGCACGGUCAGUUCCCAGUCUGGCACAUUGGUUGAGCAAGAUCAAGGGAAAUAUAGCGAGGCAGUAAGCUGGAGUAUAGGGCGAACAGCGACACUUUUGGGUUCAAUCUACCACAGGCUCUUGCCAGGAAUUGUUGGGGGAAUUCUGAUCUAUUUUCCAAUGUUUGUCAUGAUGCAGACUUUCGAAAAGUCGGGGGAAACGGAGAAUCCAAGCGACGGGGAAAACUCCAACCAGAGUGGUUAUGACAACGCCAGAAACAUGCUUCAGAUAUCAGGGGGCGCAGUUUUAAUCUUUGCCAUCUUCGUGUCGUUCUUCUCAAACAAGGCUGUUGAAGUCUUUUCAGCCACAUCAGCCUACGCUGCGGUGAUGGUUGUGUUCUUGGGUGCUACGAUAGGGGGGUAG